AUGAUCCGUUUCGCAGGCUCUAUCCACCUCACCUCUCAUCAAGGCCAGGAUCCCAUACUGAAAUGUAUCGUGGAUCUCUGGGCAAAACACCGGGUCAUUGUCAAGGAUCUUUUUUCAUACGAGAAAGACUGUCUCGAGCACGAGGUUAAUGACUCCGCAAUUUUCAACGCCAUACAGGUCUUACAAAGAGAGCUUAAUGUAUCUCUUGCAACGGCCAAAGAGGCUGCGCGUAACAUCCAGCUGGAAACGGAACGAGAGAUGCACGGACUUUACAAGGAGAUCCUGGGUAGGACAGGUACUUAUAGCCCGGAGGCCCGAUACGUCAGGGCGCUUGUCGAAAGCCUGGCCGGAAAUGUAUUUUAUUCGUCCACUGCGGAGAGAAAUGCUAUGCCUUUGCUUGCUUGA